AUGGAUGAAAAGAGCAGUGGAUCGAUGGAUGGGCAGGGUAGUAGACCGAUGGAUGGGAAGGGCAGUGGAUCGAUGGAUGGGAAGAGAUGUGGUCCAAUGAAUGGGAAGAGAUGUGGACUGUUGGAUAGGAAAAGCAGUGGACCGAUAGAUGGGAAGGGCAAUGGACCAAUGGAUGAAAAGAGCAGUGGACCGAUGGAUGGGAAGGGUAGCCGACCGAUGGAUGGGAAGGGCAGUGGAUCGAUGGAUGGGAACAGCGGUGUACCAAUGGAUGGGAAGGGUAGUAGACCGAUGAAUGCUAGGGGCAGUGGAUCGAUGGAUGGGAAGAGAUGUGGACCGAUGGAUGGGAAGGGCAGUGGACCAAUGGAUGGGAAGUGUAGUAGACCGAUGAAUGGUAGGGGCAGUGGAUCGAUGGAUGGGAAGAGAUGUGGACCAAUGGAUGGGAAGGGCAGUAGACCGAUGGAUGGGAAGGGCAGUGGGCCGAUGAAUGGGACGGAAAGUAGACAGAUGGAUGGGAAGGGCAGUGGAUCGAUGGAUGGGAAGAGAUGUGGACCGAUGGAUGGGAAGGGCAGUGGACUGAUGCAUGGGAAGGUUGAAGAGCAGGCGCUUGAGAAGGAUGGAGAAAAGAUAGAAGAGAAAAGGUAGAAAAUUGGAAAAUAGAGAGAAGGUAGAAAAUACAUGGGAGAGCAGUGAAGACCUAAUGAAAGUGGUAGCUAAAAUACAAUCAUGUACCAUAUGUCCUCUUGCGAUACACUUUCUGUAGUAGCAAGUUCUCUUGUGUAUGUUAGGACUUUGUAUAGUUGUUGUCUUAGUUGAUUUGAUUUGUAAUCUGUUAGAAAAGUGUCUAUUUACCCUCUGGCACUUGUGCUGUAAGGUUACACGAUGAACGCACCGUUCCCUGUAAAUUCAUAUUUUCUUACUACUCACCUAAGCCAGUCAUAUCUACUCUGAUUGCUUCCCCAGUAAAUGUCUUUAUGACUUCACAGCUUGUAAAGACGGAUUUUAUAUGCUUCAAAUUUACAUUUUUAAAUGCCCAUGGAGAUGCUUUUAUGUAUGAUUGCAAAGUCCAGUUGCAGAUGUAGCUUGGAACCAGAAACACAAAUUCAAAUUUUGUAUUUAGUCCUUCAGCUCCAACCACAUGAAGCCCCUAAUCCAACACUAGCUCUGAAUAUUUCAUGACUUGCCUUUUAUCGCAGUGAAUUAACAAGCCUUUGGGGUCAAUUUGAUAGGCCUGUCUUUUUAACCAUGAGAAAAACAAUUAGCAGGGAAUUCUGCACUGUCAGUGUAUUACCCCUCCCAGUGCCUUAGGAGAUAGCGCUUUCUACAACAGAGGACGACAAUAUGUUACAGACAGGUUCAUUAUCAAAUACACUGCAUCGCAAGAACUCUACAUUAUCUAUGCAACGAAUGUUCUUCUCGUCAACUUCUUGUCCCUUUUCCAUUCCUAACCCUCUCUAGAUUUUCUCACUUAUUCUCCUGUCUCGACUUCUCUCCACCUCUGUCUCUUUAACCCUCCCCUCUCUCUCUCUCUGCAGUGAGCUGCGUAAGCUGUCUCCCAUUGGACUUCGGGUCAAUGCACCAAAAUAUCUGCAUCCAUUCAGCAUUUCGGUAAAGCACUAG